CCAAUUACCAAAUGUCAAUAUAGGAUUUAUCGGUGAUAAAUAAAACAUGGGCAUUACAAUUUUAUCUUAUCGCAUCGGCGUGUAUUCGCCUGCAUGCAUUUAGAAUUAAGGUCGAACAAACUUACAGCCUGACUACACCGAUUCUGUUCGUAGAAAGAACAACAAGCAUCAUCAAGACAUGGAAAGACGGUCAUCUGAGACGCAUCCAGUUGAUGAACACAAAAUGCGACCGCCUUCGAGGUCAUCGUCUCCUCCGCAUUACAAUCCAUCAUCCUCGGAACCACAACAACAGAUGUCUUCCCCUCACGGGCAGCCGUAUCACGCAAACCCGCAGUUGAACUCGCAACAGGCGCAUUACUAUUCUCCAAACCCGCAGAUGAUGCAUGGACAACCGGUUCAGCAAUACGCUCGAAACCAAGUUCCGGUUCAGCCGUAUCCCCCGCCCAUGCAGCAGUAUGGACCACCGCCGCCUCAACAGCAAUUCAUGCAAUCCUCACAACAGGUUGUCAUCGUCAAUCAGCCAGCGGCGACCCAGGAGAGGGGUUUGCGAGUCUGUGACGUAAAAGGACACCGGGAUUGGUCUACUGGACUAUGCGGAUGUUUCUCCGACUGCGGUUCCACGUGCAAGACGAUGUUUUGUUGGACGGCCCAACUGUGUGACCUUUCAACCCGAACGGGUGACUGCUGUUGCACGGCUCUUUGUAAUCCCGCCUACUUGCCAGCGUAUCGAGCACGCAUUCGAACUAUUGGUGGGAUCCAGGGCGAUAUCUGCUACGACAUCCUUGCAGUAGGUUGUUGUCCGGAACUGGCGCUCUGUCAGAUGAUGAGGGAGUUGGAUGCCAUGGGACUGUAGAACGUCACAUGCACUGGCAUUUCUUGGUACCCUUCCAUUCGAUUCCGUGUUAUAUAUAGUAUAUGAAUGAAUAAUAACUAACACGCUUUCUUUGUUAAAAGAUGCAUGAAUUAUAUAAUGAGGAUGUAGCAGUGGUAUGAUUUAGAAUGUUUACUAUAAAGUUUAUUUAAUAUGAUGACAUUAAAAGCCUACUUAGUGUAUUUAGUUUUGCAGCAUAUUUAAUGAAUUUUGUUUGUUUACCUAAUAAGAUAAAAUAAAUUGGCUAUUUAUAAUAUUUAGAAGAAUAACUAGCAUAAUACGCCUAUAGAAGCAUGCUUAUAAAAUAGGAUGUAAUAAACAGUGUUUAAGCCUA